AUGGGGGUAAUCAAAAGAUUACCUGAAAUCGUUGUGAAUCGAAUAGCAGCCGGUGAGGUUGUUGUGCGUCCAGCCAAUGCUGUCAAAGAGUUGAUAGAGAAUAGUCUUGAUGCCGGUGCCACCGAAAUUGUUGUGUCUGUAAAAAAUGGGGGUUUAGAUAUGAUACAAAUCCAGGAUAAUGGCAAAGGGAUUUACAAAGAUGAUUUGGAUUUAGCUUGCGAACGGUUCACGACAUCUAAGUUGACCAACUUUGAAGAUUUACAAAGUAUGCAGACUUAUGGAUUUCGUGGUGAAGCAUUAGCUUCAAUUAGUCUUGUGUCGAAAGUGACAAUCACUUCUAAGCCUGCUGAACAACAAGUCGCUUAUCAAGCCAAAUACCUUGAUGGGAAAGUCACAGCAAUCAGACCUUCAGCUGGUCAGAAUGGAACUGUGAUUACAGCCGAAGAUCUAUUCCAUAACUGCCCAUCAAGGCGACUUACAUUUAAAAAUCAAGCAGAAGAAACAGCACGAGUAGCUGAUGUAGUAACCAAAUAUGCAGUUUUCAGACCAGAUGUUAAGUUCGCCCUCAGAAAGGGAACAACAGGAAGUGAUUUUAGAACUUCUGGUGAUGGCAAACGAAAAACAGUCAUAACCCAAUUGCUCGGAUCUCAUUAUGCUGAAGAUUUAUUAGAUAUCGAUUACAAAAAUGAAAGUCUUAAGUUCAAAUUGAGUGGAUGUUUCUCACGACCAACCGUUUCGGCCACAUCAACCGCGAUUCAAGCUCGCAAGGAUCGUAGAAAGCAGUUCUUUAUUUUUAUAAACGGACGAGAUGUUCAAUGUCCCCUUUUAAAACAUGGUUUCGAAAAAGUAAUUACCGAUCUGACUCUAGUUCAUAGUUUCGUCAUUGUAUCAUUAGAGAUGGAUCCUGCUCGAAUUGAUGUUAAUGUUCAUCCAACCAAGCAGAACGUAAUCUUUUUGGAUGAAGAUUUAAUUGUAGACGAUAUCGCAUCGCAUAUACAAGAACUUUUGGGUGAUUUUUCUAAUUGUGAUCUGAACGCUGGUCGCCAAAUAAGACAUGAACUCACUUCCACUCAAGUAACACGCAUACCUUCUUAUUCUCAAAACAUUAUGGCUUCGAAAAGUGCCAGUGAAGAGUCUGGACCAUCACAAAGCCAGAAAAAGCGUGUUGACCAUAUGAAUAUAAGAACAGAUAGCAAGGAGCAAAAAAUUAACCAAUUUCUCACAUCUUCACAAGAAUCACGUUGCUCCCUGAGCGAUGCUGUCUUGAUUCCAGUUGGCUCAGUUGAAGAAGAUGGAGCUGUUAACUACACCCAGACUGGAAAUUCGUGUAAGAGAACGUUUAUGUUCGAAUCUUUAUCGAAUUUAAGAAGAGAAAUUUGUGUUGAGACUUCUCAAGAGUUAAGAGAUCUUUUCAAAACUAUUUCCUUUGUUGGAUGCAUCAAUGCUGAACACAUCCUUGUACAAUACUCAACCUCACUCUUCAUGUUUAACCUCAGAAAGAUAACUGAAGAAUUGUUUUAUCAGAUUCUACUAUUCUCUUUUGGAAACUUCGGUUCUGUUCGUUUAGAUAAUGGAGGCAUUAGCGUAGAAAAACUUUUCAUUCAUCACGCAAAAAAAUUAACUCCGGAGAUGAUUGGGAACGCAGCGGAUGCUGCUCUAUUUCUAGCGAGAGAAAGAGAAAUGUUGAACGAUUUAUUCUCUCUGACGAUUGAAAUGAGACCAUCAGAAGAGGAUGAGAAUGUCGAAAUUCCCUACUUGGUUGGCAUUCCCAGCAUUAUAGAUGGUUAUAUACCUCAGUUAGAAGGGCUCCCUGCUCUUGUUUAUGAUCUCAUAAGCGAAAUUGAUUGGGAAACGGAAGAAAACUGUUUCAAAGGAGUCUGCGUGGUUCUCUCCAAGUUCUUCACUAUUAAAGAAGAUUUCUGUGAAGGAACUCUCCUGUCAGGAUUAGGAAGUAAAGCGACAUGGAAGGCUGCUAUAGAGGAUUUGUUCGUUCCACGUUUGAAAACCAAAUUAAUUCCAACCAACAAAUUGAAAAACGAGGGUUACAUCAACCGCUUAACAGACUUACAUGAUCUCUACAAAGUGUUCGAACGAUGUUAA